UCCGGCAGCCAGUCCCCUAUCUUCUCCUCUUUUGACCUCUUACCGACCUCUCUAGCCAACAGUAUCAGAAAAACUGGGAAUCUUGCUAUUAAUUGAGAGUUUGAAUCAAAUUUAAAGAUGUACAGAACAUCAGGACUAACACACACUCUCAGUGGACACAAACCUCCCAAAGCCACUCAGAAACUAUCAUCAACUAUCAGCAAUGUCGGAAUACAAGAGCUCAAAAGUCGAGAGAGAACAACACAUCAGAAACCAGUGGUGAUUGUUCCCAAGAUAGACCACACAGUCCACAAGCAGUUGAAGUCCUCCACAGGACCUGUGAGGACUCGUAGCAAGCGAACCAGACAGUCCCCCUACACAACCAGACACUCAGAGGUGACGAGGAUGCGGAAAGUGAGCAGCUGUUCUGAGGGGGAGGACCCUGUCGUUAUCGAUUAAUGAUGUCAUCUGAUGUCACAGAACUGAAUAAUAAUUCACUCUAGGCAACUAAUAAAUUGUUUGUAUGUUUCAUACAGUUGUUCAAUUCUAAUUACUUAAUUACUUAAUUAAUGUCUUUAUUUGAUUUGGAGACUCACGUCAUUUCAGAAGAAUAUAUUAUUAUCAAUUUCCCACGAGAUAA